GUGGACCCCAGGAAGGACAGCGAGAAAUAUGCAGAAGAGAACUUUAAGACGUUUGUGUUUGAGGAAACCCGAUUCACCGCAGUGACUGCCUAUCAGAACCACAGAAUCACUCAACUUAAAAUUGCUAGCAAUCCGUUUGCCAAGGGCUUCCGGGACUGUGACCCAGAAGACUGGCCUAGGAAUCAUCGGCCAGGAUCUCUUCCUCUUAUGAGUGCAUUUGCAAGGUCUAGGAAUCCUGUUUCAUCACCUCCACAGAAUGGAAGUGACAAAGAUGGAGACAGCAGAAGGGAGUAUGAAAGGGAUACCAGUGGCACGCCAUUACAUGGGGAUGCAGCCCACCAGCAACUUAUGUCCAGAGUUCUUAGCCCUUCACUUCCUGUACCAGGAGGACUUGUGCCCCUUAGCACUGGCAGACCCAGUCCCCCCCAUGAACUGCGUCUGGACCCACACUCUCAAGGUUCAGAACCUCUUCAUCACCACCCAUACAAGUACCCCACAAGCUACGAUCACUAUUUAGGAGCAAAAACCAGA